CUUUGCGUCACACGUCUUUCAAGUGACGUCAAGUUUGUCUGCAGGUGUUGGAAGAGGCGCAGUAUUGGCGUAAGUGACGCUUAAAACGGAUUUUACGAUGGCUUCAGCUACAGAUAACCGUUAUGGACAAAAGGAGUCUUCCGAUCAAAACUUUGAUUACAUGUUCAAAAUCCUGAUCAUUGGGAACAGCAGCGUCGGGAAGACGAGUUUUCUGUUUCGUUAUGCAGACGACUCUUUCACACCAGCGUUUGUAAGCACAGUGGGCAUUGACUUCAAGGUGAAAACCAUCUACAGGAAUGACAAGAGGAUAAAACUUCAGAUCUGGGACACAGCUGGGCAGGAGCGUUACAGGACCAUCACCACUGCCUACUACCGUGGAGCCAUGGGCUUCAUCCUGAUGUAUGACAUCACCAACGAGGAAUCAUUCUCUGCAGUGCAGGACUGGUCCACACAGAUUAAGACGUACUCGUGGGAUAAUGCCCAGGUUCUUCUGGUGGGCAACAAAUGUGAUAUGGAAGAUGAGAGGAUCGUGGCCUCUGAGAGGGGCCGGCAGCUUUCCGAGCACCUCGGUUUUGAAUAUUUUGAAGCCAGUGCCAAGGACAACAUCAACGUCAAACAAACCUUUGAGCGGCUGGUGGACAUAAUCUGUGAGAAGAUGUCUGAGAGUCUGGAUGCUGCUGAUCCUGCAGUGACGGGAGCCAAACAGGGACCCCAGCUCACAGAGCAGCCCGCCGCUCCGCACCAGGACUGCGCUUGCUGAAAUCAAACCCAGCUCCAUCUGCACUGCCUUGCACCAACACGAGCAACACGUUUAGGUAUUUAAAAAAGAACAAGAAACAUAAAACCCUCAAUUUCCCUUAAUGUCUGCUCUGGCCACACCCUAGCUCCUCCUAGGACUUAGCUCCUCCCCCUCAUCUCUGAACUGUAGGAAUUUUAACAUCCUAAGCUUUGAAAUAAUUUUAUUUCACCCGCAAGUCACUAUAAAAAAGCCAUAGUACCCUUUAUGGGUUUAGAAUAGGCUUGAAAUUUGAAAGGGUUUGCUAAUACUUCACGAUAUAAUUAGGCCUAAAUUUAAAAGUUUAAAAGGAAUGUGAGGUUAAAUUAGUUUAGGCCGAGAUAAGAUUGGAUUUAAGUUCAUAGCACUUCUUUUGUUUGUUUUAACAAUUGUGUCCGUGCACACAUAAUCACUGUUAUAGCCUUCAUUUCACUUCAUGUUUCAAAAUUAUUUUUUUAUUUUUUCUUAUUCUCCCUGUCCUUAAAUUAUUUAUGAACAAAUGAAGAGUUUGGUUCCGAAAUAAGAUAACUCAAACCUUUUUUUCAAAAAUCAUGUUUUUUAUUGUGCAUUCCAAUUAAUAAUAAUCAAACUGCGGUUGGUUGGUUUGUUUGUUUUGAUUUAACCCAUAAUAACUCAAAACAUACAGCUAACUUACACAAUAAAAACAUGAAAACAUAAAUAAAAGACAGGAUUUAAAAAACGGAGUUCUCAUUUUGGAACCAAACUCUUCAAAUAUAAAAGAAUUCUAGGAUAAGAUUUCUGUAUAUUUAUUCAGAUUGUGUACAUAAUACAGUGCAGUAUUUAAAUUAUACAGUUAGAGAUGCAUAUCUAAAAUGUUUUGUUAUUGAUAUCAUUUUUUUGACCAAUUUACAAAAAUAUAAAGAAAGUUAGAGUAGUCAGUUAAUGCUGUUUUCAUGGUAACUUUGCAGUGCUUGUCACAAACCUUUCUUGCUUAUUUGUAUCUGUAAAAUAUCAAUUGUUCACUGCCUUGCCUCAUGUUAUUUCAGUCCAGAGACUGAAACCCAAAUAUCAUACAGAAACAUUCCUUAAUGUAAAUUGCAUGGAAGGAAAUGAAGCCAUUUAGGCACAUAGGGGUAGGGUUCCUUUCUAACUGCUUUCUUAGGUCUAGUAAAGUGUGUUUUCAGAAUCUGAGUUUAUUUUCUGCCCAUGCUCUUGCUUCCAUCUUUGUAGCAGCGGAGCCAUUAUCUUGUACCGGCUAAUAUCAACAAUACUCUUAUUAAAUACUCGCUCUCAACUUUUUGCUAAAGUUACUCAGAUUUGAUUAGCAUUUCCCAUAAUGACUCUCUAGAUUAGGUGUCCUGUGAAAGAUUUUAUGUGGCUCCGUUUAAUGCCAGGCCUGCAGCUAUAAUGCAAAAAUCUGCAAAAAAAAAAGUAUUAACGUUUACAUGUGCAAGAUCCUCCCAAAUUAUCCCGCAUCUUUCCUUUGCUAUUCUGUCUUCCUUUCGUGAAAAAUUACUGUAAAUACAUUUGAGUCUUGGUUUUAUGUGUGAACUGUGUUGUAAAAACCCUGGGUUAUAAGUAGAAAAAAGGAUAUAAAGGAUGUUCUUUACCUGCUGUUGUGUAUGCCUGCUUGUGAAUGAAUGUGUCACUUUAUUACAGAGCAAUAUUGAAGAAAAUACCUGAUCAUGUGUUACGAUUAUUCAUCACACUAAUAACACAUUUUUUAUGUAGGAUGUGAAAGAAAUGGGAUUGUCUAUGUUAAGUGGUUUAAAUACUGGUUGAGAUGCAAUCGGACUGAAUAUCAUCCAAUCUGGAGCAGGUUUGCUGAAACUCAAAGGCCAGACUAAACUUUUUUAAUACCGAUCAAAUUUGAUGGAAAUCACGUGCAGUUUUUCACUGAUAUAGAGUGAUUUUACAGAUGUGUGAAAGACAUGGGCUUGAGUCUCUAUCAUCAUCACAGUUCACCCUGUAAUGUAGCCUCUCCACUAUCAUGAGUCAUGACUACGAUCCAGAGCUUGUUCUCCGUUUCCUACAUUUUUUUGAUGUAUUUUUUAUUUUUGUGUGCUGAUCAUGCUUUCCAUUGUUUUUUAUUCGUUUUUUCUGGUAUCAAAGUGUAAUGUACAAGGAAAAAACACAAAUAUGCAGUCGUAAAUGUACUGUAUUUACCAAGGGGUUUGGUGUCAAAGUGUCCAGUGGUGAAAUUUACCAAAUCAACUGUCUAUGUUGUGAAAAUGACUGAACUUAAUAAAAAUAAAGGUUUGUGCUGUUUACUUGA